AUGUCUCUUACACUCACCACCUCCGCCUCAACUUUCCCGGUCAACUCUCCUGGUGAGAUCAUCAGUGCCGUUUCUGAAAAAGACAUCCUUCAGGCAACCCUUGUAGGCGACCAAGUUUGCGAUCCGUUCGCAACACUUGCCUCCGCCUUCAACUGGGCUGACGAUGUUGAGGACGAGUUCUUCUCCGACGACGCAAGCGAGGCCGACCUCGACACAGAUGAAGUCGACGCCCGAUCCAGCUCUUUCGACGUCGACCGGUUCUUCGCUUCCGAUGUUUGUAUGUUUGGACAGUAUGGCCACUACCUGACCACGAUACUGGAGGAGGACAAAGACCAGGGCCAGGACGACAAUGAGGAUCACGAUGAGGACCACAAGGAAGACAACGAGGACCACAAGGAAGACAACGAGGACCACAAGAAAGACAACGAGGACCACAAGGAAGACAACGAGGAUGAGGACAACAAAGAAGACGGCGAUCGCUCCGCCGCGACCGACCCGACCGACUCGACCGGCAAUGGGAGCCUUCUCCAGCGCAUAUUCCUCACCAAUCGGCCCAAGGUUGCCUCGAAGCCUUCGCUCGACGACAUCGAGGAAGAAGAGGACGGCUUAGAGAACAAUACUGACGAGACUGGAUCUUCGGUUGACAGCCCUGACUCGGACUCUGAACGGACGGAGUCCGACUCGGACACGAUCGACUUCGACGCGACCAAUUGGGACGACACGGCGUCGACGAUCUGCGACCCACCACGACGCCCACUUCGAGUUCAUGGCCAACCACUUCGACUCACUCGAAUUCUCUCUCGCUUCGAUCUCGACCGUGGACGACGAUGA